AUGCAGCCACGAGCUUUGGCGACAGGAGCGCUGGCCGCUGCGCUGCUGUGCCUGUGCAUACCCACCUCCCUGGCUGCGCCCCAGGCCGGCCCGGCGAUCGACGCGUCGCACGCGAUGAUGGAGCCGCCGCCCGCCAAGCAGCCGCGGCCGUAUGUGCGGCCUCCUGCGGGCAGCCGGCUCGCUGCCGGCUCGGGCGUGUACCGCAAGCUGCUCUCCGUCUCGACGCCGCGGUCGGCCGCCACGCUCGCCGCGGCGGCGGUCACCAUCACCUGCCUCGUCUCGCGCUCGGCUGCGUCGCGGCUCGUGCUCCACAUCAUGUGCUUCAUCGGCUCGCUGCUCGAGCCGUUCGACAGCGUGCUGCCAAAGCGCUCCGCGCUCCGCCCCUUUAUCGAGCAGGCGCGCCGUGUGAGGGUGCACGUCUAG